AUGGCUGGCAAAGAGGAAGCAGGAGGUGAUGAGAACACUACACGUGGAAGUGAUUGGGAAGUUGUGUCACUGACAGCUUCAGCUUAUGCAGCUUCUCCUGGUCCCAAACAAGUUGACGUGAAAGAUGAUGACAAGGAAGGUUACCAAGCAGAGACAUCUCAUCCUCUCUACAUGUCUGGCCACUUUGUUUUCCCACAAAGUGACGUAGCCACGGAGCCUAGUGAGCUCACCGAGAUUCGUGAAGACAAGUCAAGCAAGAAGACGGAUUUUGGAUUCUCUGUGGAACAAGAAACCGGGUCUCAGGGGAAGGAAGAUGGAGAUUUGACUCUCAAAGGGUUGAAUCUAUCAGACGAGUUUACAGGACUUGAGUUUUUCGAGGAGAAAGGCAAAAGAGGAGAGAACAUUUACAAGACGGCCAUGAGUCCUCUGGAGGAUGAAAGAGCUUUUGGUGGGUCUCACGUCUAUGAACAGACCGAGCCUAUUCAUGAACCGACCGAGCCGCUCACUCCACGUGAUGUUUCACCUGAUCCGAAUCCGAAUCCUACAAAAGACGAGAAGCUUGAAGUAGCAAACGUCCCACCUUGCGAGGCCUGGUGGAAAAGAAGCGCUGCGUCUUUGAUCUCACAAGCCAAAGAGACAAACACAGUUUGGUCCAUUUUCAUAGCUGCGGCUGUAAUGGGAGUUGUGAUCCUUGGCCAGCAUUGGCAACAAGAGAGGUGGCAGAUUUUGCAGCGUAAGUGGGAUUCAAGCAUUGGAAACGAGAAAGCUGGAAGGUUGAUAGGACCGAUCUCUCGACUGAAACAAGCUUUUGUCGGGGGACAGCGACAGGAUGCGUUCAUCCGGGUCAGUUCUCAAAACGACAGUUAG